UCGAUACAAAAAUAGAACAUGACGGACCAAAGCAGUUUUUACAAUUGCACCACGGAAACAUGGCUUUGAAGCGAAUAUUCAAGGAAUGGCAAGACACUUUGGAACACCCUAUGGAGGGAAUUGCUGUCGGGCCUUUCGGAGAUGACUGUUUUCACUGGGAAGCGAUUAUACUGGGCCCGGCUGGAACAUCGUAUGAAGGUGGGACGUUCAAGCUGGAAGUGACAUUCCCAAUUAACUACCCAUUUAAACCCCCAAAGGUGUGUUUCAAGACUCGUGUCUACCAUCCGAACAUCAGCAGUGCAGGAUGUCUGAACCUGGACAUUCUGAGAGAAGCCUGGAGCCCAGCACUCACUGUAGCCAAAAUCUUAAUGUGUGUGCGCUACAUGCUGGUGGAUGGCAUUAACCCAGAUGACCCCUUGGAACCAGACAUAGCUCGCCUGUUCAAAACUGACCGGGCCAAAUAUGAGCAGACUGUCAGAGAAUGGACGAAGAAAUACGCCAUGUGAGAUCAUCGCCACAACAGACCAUGUGAACAAAGCGCCACAACACACCAUGUGAACUUAUCUCUACAACACGCCAUGUGAGAUCAUCGCCACGACACACCGUGUGAACAAAGCGCCAUGACACAUCAUGUGAACAAAGCGCCACGACACACCAUGUGAACAAAGCGUCACGACACACCAUGCGAACAAAGCACCACGACUCACCAUGUGAACAAAGCACCACUACACACCAUGUGAACAACGCUCCACGACUCACCAUGUGAACUCAGCACCACUACACACCAUGUGAGCAAAGCACCACGACUCACCAUGUGAACUCAGCACCACUACACACCAUGUGAACAAUGCACCACGACACACCAUAUGAACAAAGCACCACGACUCACCAUGCGAGCAAAGCACCACUACACACCAUGUGAGCAAUGCACCACGACUCACCAUGUGAACUCAGCACUAAUACACACCAUGUGAACAAAGCGCCACGACACACCAUGUGAACAAAGCACCACGACUCACCAUGCGAACAAAGCACAACAACACACCAUGUGAACAAAGCGCCACGACACACCAUGUGAACAAAGCGCCACGACACACCAUGUGAACAAAGCGCCACAACACACCAUGUGAACAACGCACCACGACUCACCAUGUGAACUCAGCACCACUACACACCAUGUGAACUCAGCACCACUACACACCAUGUGAACAAAGCGCCACGACACACCAUGUGAACAAAGCACCACGACACACCAUGUGAACAAAGCACCACGACACGCCAUGUGAACUAAGCGCCACACACGCCAUGUAAUCCCAUCACUACAACACGCCAUGUGAAUUCAUCACUAUAACACGCGAUUUGAACCCAUUGCCACAACACGCCAUGUGAACAAAGCACCACGAUUCACCGUGCGAACAAAGCACCACGACACACCAUGUGAACAAAGCACAAUGACACACCAUGCGAACAAAGCACCACGACACACCAUGUGAGCAAUGCACCACGACACACCAUGUGAACAAAGCACCACGACCCACCAUGUGAACAAAGCGCCACGACACCAUGUGAACAAAGCACCACGACACACCACGUGAGCAAAGCACCACGACACACCAUGUGAACUCAGCACCAUGACACACCAUGUGAACAAAGCAUCACUACACACCAUGUGAACUAAGCGCCACGACUCACCAUGUAAAAAAGGCGCCACGACACACCAUGUGAACUCAGCACCACGACACACCAUGUGAACAAAACGCCUUGACACACCAUGUGAACAAAGCACCAUGACACACCAUGUGAAUAAAGCGUCACGACACACCAUGUGAACAAAGCACCAUGACACAAUGCAAACAAAGCGCCACGACACACCAUGUGAACAAAGCGCCGUGACACACCAUGUGAACAAAGCGCCAUGACACACCAUGUGAAUAAAGCGCCAUGACACACCAUGUGAACAAAGCACCACGACUCACCAAGUGAACAAAGCGCCACAACACAAUGCGAACAAAGCGUCACGACACAUCAUGUGAACUCAGCACCACUACACACCAUGUGAACAAAGCGCCGUGACACACCAUGUGAACAAAGCGUCACGACACACCAUGUGAAUAAAGCGCCAUGACACACCAUGUGAACAAAGCGCCGUGACACACCAUGUGAACAAAGCGCCGUGACACACCAUGUGAAUAAAGCGCCGUGACACACCAUGUGAACAAAGCGCCAUGACACACCAUGUGAAUAAAGCGCCAUGACACACCAUGUGAACAAAGCACCACGACUCACCAAGUGAACAAAGCGCCACAACACAAUGCGAACAAAGCGUCACGACACAUCAUGUGAACUCAGCACCACUACACACCAUGUGAACAAAGUGCCACACACGCCAUGUGAUCCCAUCGCUACAACACGCCAUUUGAACCCAUCGCAACAACCCGCCAUUUGAACCCAUCGCCACAACACGCCUUGUGAAGAAAGCGCCACGACGCACCAUGUGAUCAAAGCGCCAUGACUCACCAUGUGACCAAAAUGCCGCAACACACCACGUGAACAAAGUGCCACAACACACCAUGUGAACAAAGCAUCAUGACACAAUGGAUGAACUCAUCCCUAGAACACACUAUGUGAACUAAGCGCCAGGACACACUAUGUGAACUCAGCGACACAACACACCAUGUGAACUCAGCGACACAACACACCAUGUGAACAAAGCAUCAUGACACAAUGGAUGAACUCAUCCCUAGAACACACUAUGUGAACUAAGCGCCAGGACACACCAUGUGAACUCAGCGACACAACACACCAUGUGAACUCAGCGACACAACACACCAUGUGAACAAAGCAUCAUGACACAACGGGUGAAUUCAUCGCUAGAACACACCAUGCGAACUCAGCGACACGCCACACCAUGUGAACUCUGCCUCACGGCAUGUUAUGUGAAUCCUCAACAUCAACACGCCAUGUGAACCAUCAACAGGUCAUGUCGGCAAUAUUUCAGCCAUAUUGUGGCUUGAACAAAUUUACAUAAAUGUUAUUGAAAAACUACUUGUCGUCAAAAUAGUAACCAGUAGUAAUAUGUCACAAAAUAUGUCACAGAGAAUUCCUAAAACAUAACCUCGACAUCGAGGAAAGCCGAGCUGAUCGCAUUCCGAAAGAACGAGCACACAGGCUGCCCACUAAACGGCACCCACCGCCGAUAAUUGUUACAUUUUCUUCUUUCAAAGAUAGAGAAUUCGUGAAAGUAGUGACGGCAGUCAAACGUAGUAAAAUCGGUGAUGUGUCAGUCUCCCUCGACUACACCCAGGCGGUAAGAGACACAAGACGGCAGCUAGGGAAAUUUCUUAAGACGUUCAGAUCUUCCUUCGACAACACAUCGCCUAAGGGUUCACCCGUAUACAUGAUGAUUGGUCGGACUGUAUCUUGUUUAUAAGUGACAUCACACAACGCCUGGUCACAAUACCUAUACAAUAUCCGGUUCUGUGUAUGUGACCGAUACACACAACUCUGCUACCCUGGGACCUACUGGUAUAGGUUUUAGAAUAGUGACUUUAUAUGCUAUCUAACAAAUAUUCUGAUGCAGACUAGAUGAUGCAGGGAAACGUAAACUGGGUUUCUUCUGUAAGAAUACUAUUAUUUAAAUACGGGCAUGUCUGGCUCGCGCAAGAUGUAGGUGACAUAAGAAAGAGUGUUCUGAAUAUUUUUGAACAAAGGUUUAAAGGUAUGUAUCAACAAAAAUGGUUCUUGAGUGUUCGAGAAACAAAUUGUGUACAUUAUUAUUCUGAAUUCAAAAGUUCUAUUGCAUCUGAGACCUACCUUACGUCAAUAAAAGCAGUUCAUCGCC